AUGCUUGAGUCGUUUCUGAAUGCGGGAAGCCGUUUGGAGAACCCAGCAUUGUCCGGAUUCACCUGUUCCGAUAAACUUUAUCAACUGAUGUAUUCUUGCUGGAACCUGGAUCCCAACAAACGCCCACCAUUUAAAGAGAUCGAGAUCAAGUUAGAGGAGCAAAUUGCUGGCGAUGGGUAUGACCCCGAACUUCACGAGCGAAGGGAGGAUUGA